GUUUGUAUGCAGAAAAGGCUGUGGCCUUGUUUUCCUCUCCUCAAUUAAACUACAACCAGGCAAGACACGAUACCAGUACUAAUAUGGAUUGCCAUGCUUCUCUAUCUCCCUAUUCUCCAACUCUCAGCUUGGCUCGUCGGAAUUCCGUCACAUUCCGGCAAGGGAAGCCCACUUCCAGCCGAAUGCGUCAGAUUCCGGGUCUCUAGUUCCACGUUAUUCAACGAAGAAGUCGCUGCAAAACUCAAGAUUUUUGAGUCUACAAAAAGGAAGUACCACACCUCAUUAGCGGGUAGUGGGAAUUGAAUUUUGAGGCUGAUGGGGCAUUUAUCCUCCUUGUUCAAUGGGCUGGCAAGGUCGCUUUCUUUGAAAAGAGGGAGGAGGAAGUCUGGGAAUUGCAGUGGAAGAGAAGCCGCGGAGGCAAUGGCUAAGGAGGCAAAGAAGAAUGACUUGGUUUUACGCACUUCAGGGUUUAUAAAUGCUAAUGGUUCUAACAACUUUGCCUCAGUUUUCUCGAAGAGAGGCAAGAAAGGAGUGAACCAGGAUUGCUGCAUUGUGUGGGAGGAAUUUGGGUGCCAAGAAGACAUGAUAUUCUGUGGGAUUUUUGAUGGGCAUGGCUCAUGGGGCCAUUUUGUGGCUAAAAUGGUCAGAGAAUCAUUGCCACCAUCUUUGUUAAGCAAUUGGCAGGAGACAGUUGCUGAAGCUGCUCUUGACCCAGAAUGUGAUUUACAAUCUGAUAAAAAGCAUCAUCGGUUUGAUAUAUGGAAGCAUUCCUACCUAAAGACUUGCGCUGCCAUUGAUCAAGAACUUCAUGAGCAACAUCGUAAAAUAGAUUCAUUCUACAGCGGAACAACUGCACUCACAAUUGUUCGGCAGGGUGAUCUCAUCGUUGUUGCAAAUGUUGGGGAUUCUCGUGCUGUAUUGGGUACCACUUCAGAUGAUGGAAGCUUGAUUCCAGUUCAGCUUACUGUAGACUUCAAGCCUAAUUUACCUCAGGAGGCUGAGAGGAUAUGCCAGUGUCAAGGGCGGGUCUUCUGUUUGCGCGAUGAGCCAGGGGUGCACAGGGUCUGGCUGCCGGAUGAGGAAUCACCGGGACUGGCAAUGUCUAGAGCCUUUGGGGAUUACUGUGUGAAGGAUUUUGGACUAAUUUCUGUGCCGGAAGUGACACAAAGGAAUAUAACCAGCAGGGACCAAUUUGUCGUGCUGGCAACUGAUGGGGUAUGGGAUGUUAUCUCCAACCAAGAAGCAGUAGAAAUUAUAUCUUCAACACCAGACAGGACGCAAUCAGCCAAGCGUCUUGUUGAGUGUGCUGUGCUCGGAUGGAAGCGCAAGAGGCGGGGCAUUGCUAUGGAUGACAUUUCAGCCAUUUGUCUUUUUUUUCACCCUUCUCCAUCCCUGCAAGUGCACCCUCUUGCUCUACUGGAUUAGUAUUGUAAAUGUCAAGUUACUUGCUGUGUGUUUUGCAAUGCAAUCUUGAUUUUGAGGUAGUUGAUGAGCAAUAAUUCUUAUGUCAAGAUGUUUGCAUUUGCUAGUCAGGAUAUAAACUUAUGGGAAAAUAAUAGAGAUUCCCCACGUGCUUCCUCUCC